ACCACCGGCGCCCAGAUCCGGGGUCCCGCCGCUUCUCGAUUCCGCUCGGCGCCUCCCUGAUCCCGGAGAUGCCCCGCGCGGCCUCAAAUCUGGGAGCGCCUCUCGUCGUCUUCCCGUAGGAGGCCGCGAUGCAGGCGCGGGUGGCGUCCAUGGAGGACGUGAAGGAGGCGCGGCUGCAGGCGGCGGGGGCGGGCCCGCAGGGGAGGGUGUUCCCGACGGGGAUGCUCAAGGUGUUCCUGGGGUUCCUGCUGCUCGGCGUGGGGCUCUCGGCGGCGGGGAUGUACAUGGCGCGCCACACGCUGGCGGCGGCGGCGCCCGCGCUGUUCCGCCCGUGCCUGGGCUCGUGGGGGGCCUCGGCGGCGGGGGAGGGGGAGGAGGAGGCGCGGCCGGAGGGGCUGGAGCGGUGGACGCGGCCGCCCGACCGCGUGGAGCACGCCAUGUCCGACGAGGAGCUCCUGUGGCGCGCGUCGUUCGCGCCGCGGGUCGGCGGGUACCCGUACCGGCGCGUCCCCAGGGUGGCCUUCAUGUUCCUCACCCGCGGCCCGCUCCCGCUGGCGCCGCUCUGGGAGCGCUUCUUCCGCGGCCACGAGGGCCGCUACUCCGUCUACGUCCACGCGCUGCCGUCCUACCGCGCCAACUUCACCUCCGACUCCGUCUUCUACCGCCGCCAAAUCCCGAGUAAGGUUGCAGAAUGGGGUGAGAUGACCAUGUGUGAUGCUGAGAGGCGCCUUCUAGCAAAUGCUCUGCUGGAUAUAUCCAAUGAGUGGUUUGUCCUUGUGUCUGAGUCAUGUAUUCCAAUAUUUAAUUUCAACACCACAUACCGAUACCUCCAGAAUUCAAGCCAAAGCUUUGUCAUGGCGUUCGAUGAUCCUGGACCGUAUGGACGAGGCAGGUACAAUUGGAACAUGACCCCAGAGGUUGAACUCGAACAAUGGCGCAAAGGCUCACAAUGGUUCGAAGUAGACAGGGAGCUUGCCAUCGCAAUUGUGAAAGACACUCUCUAUUACCCAAAAUUCAAGGAGUUCUGCAGGCCUCAUUGUUACGUUGAUGAGCACUAUUUCCCUACAAUGCUCACUAUUGAAGCGCCGCAAAGCCUGGCUAACAGAAGUAUUACUUGGGUGGAUUGGUCAAGAGGAGGCGCACAUCCAGCCACUUUUGGGAGGGGUGAUAUCACAGAGGAAUUCCUGAGAAGAGUUCAAGAGGGCCGGACUUGUUUAUACAACGGCCAGAACUCUACAAUGUGCUUCCUGUUUGCUCGGAAGUUUGCGCCAAGUUCAUUGGAGCCAUUGUUAGAGUUAGCACCCACUGUGCUUGGUUUUGGUUGAUGUAUGGCUGAACAGGUGCACCCCCCCUGUAAUUUUUUAUACUAGAUCACUGUAGGAUUACAUGGGUAGAGAAGUGGGCUUAUCUUGAUGGAUGAAAGCCUCACGCCGCCCAUCUCUGCUCCAUUGUGUUAUAUACACAAACUUGUACUGUUUUGUACAGUAACGUGACAUUGAGUCACAUGAGAAGUUUUUAUCUUAGAAUAUUGCCCCGUUUUUUUUUUGUUUA